ACUUUCGAAGAAAUCUUUCGUCUUAUUUAAAAUUUGGUUCGCUGCAAGAAGACUCAUCGCGAUUUUAUCGCUAGCAGGGCCGCCUCGCGACCCUAAGAUCUCUUUCCGCUCGCUUUAAAACCAGAUUUUCUAAUGUGAAACUUGUGUCAGAGGUCAAUUGUUCCAAGUCCAGUAAUAUCUGCCUGAUUUGCUCGCGUUCUAGCCUCAAACCUUGGAAAGACAGAAAUAAAAAUGCAAUCUUAAAGCCAUGAAUCAUCGCAAAGGUUAGUCAAAAAUCAUAUUAUGAUUUCAUGGAACUAGUUUUUCUAAACAUGUAACGCCUGUUUGUUUGAUUUUGUCGGCCGUAGGGCGAUUCAUUUAAAAGUUUACCAACGCGUCGUUGCAGAACAUUCUGCUUCACGAAGCUCCCCUCCACAAGAUCUCCUCAGUCACAUCAAUGUCUCAAUGGUUUUUUCUUACAGUCUUUAUUGUUGCUGUUUCAUUUCUGCGUAUUCCUUUCACAAUUAUCUGAGCUUGCAUGGAAGCCAGGGGCGGAUCCAGGAUUUUUUUUAGGAGGGGGUGCACUCGUCUCUUGCUCUACUUCAAAACCAAUAAACCACAUAGUUUUUUUUUUUGCAGAAUACUAGUUGUAUUAGAAAACCGCAGGUCAUCUCAGGGAGGGGUGCGCACCCCCUGCACCCUCCCCCUAGAUCCGCCCCUGGAAGCUGGCAGAAGAAAUAAGCCUUCAAUCGGCAUCAAAGCGCUUCGCAUCUUUUGGUCCUCCGGCCAACGGUAAUAAAAGUAACGCCAAAAAAUCCAGAUUUGGCCCAAAUCGAAACUUAACAGGAACAAAAUAUCAUUGAUCAGUAAUCCUGAGAAGUUUUAGUGUAGUAUUGAACUCGGCCGAGCGCGAUGCAAACGGAUUUCUCAAGGUUCUCUUACUCUCCUCGCAUCUUUUGAUUUCGGGACAUCCUGUCCAAAAAUCAAAGUUUGGUGCAUGCGCAGUAACGGGAUACUGUUCCUUUAAUUCUCUUUCUGUGGGUGUCAUUGUAUCAUCCUAGUCUAAUGCCAAGAGUAUUAUCUUUACAUACCACUCUUCAUGAACUCUUACGGUCCCCUCUUAACAAUAUAGGCAAUGCCAUACUCUAGAAUUCUUUGCGAUACUACACUGACGUUCUCAAUACCAGAAUCCGUGAAAUGAAAGGGUGGAAGAUCCUCUGAGAACCAGAGGCACUUGUACCUUAUAUUAAACGCAUCCAUUGAUCAUAAUAAAUAAUAACUCUAGAUAACUGUGAAACACGAGUAGAGAGGAGAAAAACUUAUAAACAGCGUCUAAAAAAUAGAAAUUGCUGUAUUUCGUCAAUUCUAAGAGUUGCUUUUGGAUUAAAGCAAAAAAGCAUAGCGGAGCCUGGAGCCCUCGAUCAAUUUCUCGGGAGCCCUGGAGCCCUGUUUAUUUUGGUCCGGAGCCCCGGAGCCCCAAACCCCUUUGGGACCCUGAUAUAGUAAAUAAUUGUAUUAUACUGGUGGCUAUAAUUACUACUUGUUUGAUUUAAUAUUUACUUUAAUUAUCACUCAGACGCAGACGAAUGCGUGAACAACUCUCACAAUUGUAGUGAAAAUGCCACCUGUACCAACACCGAAGGGUCCUUCAACUGUAGUUGCAAACCAGGGUACAUUGGAAAUGGCCACAACUGUUCAGGUUGGUUCUUGAAUUUCCUGUCUCGCUUUCCGUUAGUCAGUUUUGAGACUUCUGGUUCAGUACAAUUAGGGUUAACGUUCAGCAAUGUACUUUUAUAAAUUGUAGUAAAUUAUAGGAAAUUGUUACUCGCUCUCUUUAUAACAAUUUCAUUUAUUUAUUCAAAUAUUAUUUACCGACUUAUUCAAAUCUAAAUCUCAGUCGUCAAGUAUUGUGGAUAACGACUCGGAGCUCAUCUCUAUAUAUUUGCACAGCGCGGAAAACCAAGAGGGAGUAA